UAGAUGGGGCGCGCCAAACCAACCCCUUCUCGCUCCUACAAAGCAAAACUACUAACAAUCAAUUUCAAGUCAUGGCUUUCUCUUUAUCUUCUUCCAUUAUCAGCUCUCACAAGCUCUCUUUUACCGGCUCCAUUGCUCCCUCGAUUCAAAAACACCAUUUUCUCUCUACCAGUUUCGCAUUUCGACUCAAUCAAGCCCGUGCCAAUGUCACACCAAGACCAGGCCACCUAAAGAUUCAUUGCGAGCCUACCAAAAAUUAUGCAAAGGAUCUGGCCUACAGGGAAGAUAAUCCUGCUAAUUUAUACACAUCAACUUUUGGACAUGGAGCGAAGAAACUUGAGAGUCUGAUUGCUCUGAUUCUUAUCUUUGUGCAAAUCUCUUCACCACUACCUUUGGCUGGUUGGGACUUUUGGUCUAUUUCUACUGCAGAAGCAGUGCUUUAUUCUCCAGACACCAAGGUCCCAAGAACCGGGGAACUUGCUCUAAGAAGGGCUAUCCCUGCAAAUGCAAAUAUGAAGGCCAUACAGUCUUCUCUGGAGGAUAUUUCAUUCCUGCUCAGGAUUCCACAGAGAAAGCCUUAUGGAACAAUGGAGGGCAAUGUCAAGAAAGCACUAAAGAUAGCCAAAGAUGAAAAAGAUUCUAUUUUAGCAAGUAUACCAGCAGACUUGAAGGAAAGGGGCACCUUGCUAUAUGAAUCUCUAAUUGAUGGAAAGGGUGGUUUGCAAGCACUCAUUCAAUGUAUUAAGGAUCAGGAUCCAGAUAAAGUAUCUGUUGGUCUUGCAUCUUCACUGGAUACAGUUGCAGAGCUGGAGUUGUUGCAGGCGCCUGGGCUGUCUUUUUUGUUGCCUGAGCAAUACUUGAAAUAUCCAAGGCUAACAGGCAGAGGAACUGUUGAAUUUACAAUCCAGAAAGGUGAUGGUUCAACAUUUUCUGCAGAAGCUGGUGGUGAAGAAAGGAAGACUGCAAAAAUUCAGGUUGUUCUAGAUGGAUAUUCAGCACCAUUAACUGCUGGGAAUUUUGCAAAACUGGUAAUCGAUGGGGCAUAUAAUGGGGCUAAGCUCAGCAGCACUAACCAAGCUGUUCUCACUGACAAUGGGAUUGCAAAGAAUGCCGGUUACAGUGCUCCCCUGGAGAUAAUGCCAUCAGGGCAAUUUGAGCCCCUGUACCGAACAACAUUAAGUGUACAGGAUGGAGAAUUGCCAGUGCUUCCAUUAUCUGUGUAUGGAGCAGUUGCAAUGGCUCAUAGCGAGGUUUCUGAGGAGUACUCGGCACCAUAUCAGUUUUUCUUCUAUCUCUAUGAUAAAAGAAAUGCUGGCUUAGGAGGGUUAUCUUUUGAUGAAGGACAAUUUUCAGUUUUUGGGUACACAACUGCUGGGAGAGACAUCCUUGCACAGAUAAAAACUGGGGAUGUGAUCCAAUCUGCAAAGCUAGUGGAGGGUCAAGAUCGCCUUGUAUUGCCGAAUGAGAACUGAUCUGUCAUAGAUGAACAAUCUUUCAUUCUUUGUAUCUAUUGCAUUUCUAGAUUCAAUCAACCUGGUUUUCUUCAAGCAGGUUGUUUAAAGAUGUUCAAAAUUCUGUCUACUAUGAUUGUUUUAGACUUUCAAUUGAGACUGUUAUUGGAAGUUAAAUUUGCUCA